AUGGAGGCAGAGGUCAACAAGAUGAAACUGAUGUUCCAUAAAGCUGACUCUGAUCCAGAUUACAUUCGGUACAGACCAGAAUAUGAAAUCAAGACUAAUCAUCCUGAGUCAGCAAGCAAGAAAAAUCCAGUUACACUCUUAACGGAAUCAUUAGCAAUAAAGUCUCAGUAUCAAACUUUGCAUGCAUGCUUUAAGCCAUUAGCUGUUGGGCAGAAAGAGACUAAGAGCUGUGUUUGUGCCACUGUCCUUAAGACUACGACCAUAAUACAAGAACUACAAAAGCAAACAGACUUGGAGCUGUCACUGUGGACUAAAAAGAAAACUGUGGCAGAGCAAUUAAAAUCUCACAUGUCAGAGUUAUGAAGAAAUGGACUUGCCAAAGAGAACUCUCGUGGAGAAGAGAUCCAUUCCAGAAAAUUUUAGGAAGAUGUCUUUUCAGCACUUGAUGACUAGAGGUAGGGGGAUGGGAAGGAGAUUUGGCUUGACUGACUGGAUAAUUGAUGCCUUUCACAAGAUAGGGGAACAC